UGACAUAGAUUUGUUUUCAGCAGGCAAAAGCCAUGGCUGGUCCGGCGUUAAAUGAUGAUAUUCAAACGAUUACUUUUCAUAAUCUACGCCCUCUUUUUCUACAUGGAACAAUAGGGCCAUUCUGCAUACUCUAUUUAAUCUGGUUCUACUUCUGGACAGUGGUUUAUGGCGUAGAAAACUAUUUUGAAGCUGGUCUAAUUGCUCUUGCUGGCAUAGCCAUUUUACAGAUAUUAGCUUUGUUAUGUUGUGUGUGGUCCGUAGAUUUGCGAUGUUUGAUGACAUGUUCAAAGGUGAAGAAUCCUGAUGAUGCAGAAUGGCUGAAAGUAACACCAACCCCAAAUAGUGGAUCAACUGAAUUUGUCAAGUUACACAGAGAAAAGGUUGAUGGAAGACCUCCUGAUCUUUGGUUUGUUUUCCAAAAGACUCGUUACAUGUAUGACAGGGAGGAGAAGAAGCAGUUUGUUUCUGCCCAGUUCCCCGUGGAUCUCCCCGUCAGUCACUACAUGGACUGGAAGGGGUACCAAGAGGAGGAGGAGCUCAAGCAGAGCGAGAAGAAAUUCGGAAAAAAUAUUAUGGAGAUGGACAUUCCUCAGUUUAUGGAACUGUUUAAAGAGAGGGCAACAGCACCUUUCUUUGUGUUCCAAGUGUUCUGUGUUGGACUGUGGUGCCUGGAUGAGUAUUGGUAUUACAGUGUGUUCACAUUAUUCAUGCUGGUUGCAUUUGAAGCCACACUUGUGCAACAGCAACUCAGGAAUAUGGCAGAAAUUAGAAAAAUGGGAAAUAAACCAUAUUUAAUACAGGUUUAUAGAAACAGAAAGUGGAGACCCAUUUUGAGUAAUGAGCUAAUUCCUGGAGACAUAGUGUCGAUUGGCCGAUCUCAGGAUGAUCGUCUAGUGCCGUGUGACCUGCUGCUGUUGAGGGGACCAUGUAUUGUUGAUGAAUCAAUGUUGACAGGAGAGUCUGUACCUGUCAUGAAGGCAUCCGUGGAGAACUUAGAAAGUCACCAUGUUCUUGACAUGGAAGCAGAUGGCAAGCUUCAUGUGUUGUUUGGAGGGACCAAAGUAGUACAGCACACACCACCCAGUAAAACAGGCCCAGGGUUAAAAGCUACAGACAAUGGGUGUGUUGCCUAUGUACUGAGACACAGUUUUGGUACAUCACAAGGCAAGCUGUUGAAGACGAUCCUAUUUGGAGUGAAGAGGGUGACUGCCAACAAUCUGGAGACAUUUUGUUUUAUCCUCUUCCUUCUAGUGUUUGCCAUCACAGCGUCAUCUUAUGUGUGGAUUGAGGGUACAAAAGAUCCCAAGAGGAAUCGUUACAAGUUGUUUUUGGAGUGUACAUUGAUCCUGACAUCGGUAGUGCCCCCAGAGCUCCCUAUAGAAUUGUCACUAGCUGUCAACACCAGUCUACUGGCUCUCACCAAACUAUAUGUAUACUGUACAGAGCCAUUCAGGAUCCCCUUUGCUGGCAAAGUGGACAUCUGCUGCUUUGAUAAAACAGGGACGCUAACUGCGGAUGAUUUAGUAGUAGAGGGCAUCACAGGACUCAAUGGUAAGGAGAUGAUAUCUGCCGCCGAGUCUCCUACUGAGACAGCCCAGGUAUUGGCCACUUGUCACGCUCUGGUGCACCUAGAUGAUGAGUUGGUAGGGGAUCCACUGGAGAAGGCGACACUCAAAGCAGUGGAGUGGAACCUUACAAAAGGAGAGUCAGUGGUACCUCAGAAGAGGCGGACCCAUGGUCUGAAGAUCUACCACCGCUUUCACUUUGCCAGUGCUCUAAAAAGGAUGUCUGUCAUUGCUGGGCACACAGCCCCAGGGUCUGUGGAGACGGAAUAUAUAGCCACCGUCAAAGGAGCACCAGAGACACUUAAACCUAUGUUUAAAGAAAUGCCAUCCGACUAUGAUGAGGUCUACAUGGAAAUGUCUCGCAGAGGGGCAAGAGUUCUGGCCCUUGGGAGUAGAAAACUGGGAAAUCUGUCCCAUCAACAGGUGAGGGAAAUGUUGCGGGAAGACGUGGAAAAAGACCUACAGUUUUGUGGCUUUGUCAUCAUCUCCUGUCCUCUCAAGUCCGACUCUAAAUCUGUCAUCAAGGAAAUUAGCCAGGCUUCUCACCAUGUUGUGAUGAUCACAGGAGAUAAUCCAUUAACAGCAUGUCAUGUGGCCAAAGAACUCAGAAUGACCAGAAAAGAAAUGUUAAUCCUGGAGGAUCCAAAUCAUUUUGAUGACUCUUGGCACUGGCAGUCUAUAGAUGACAAAAUUGUCCUCCCUCUGAACAAAACAAAACUGAAAUCUGAGAUCCUCCCCAAGUAUGACCUCUGUAUCACUGGAGAUGGCAUAGCCUACCUCCAGUCUGAGGAUAAGAAAUUACUACAAGCUGUGCUCCCAGCAGCCAGAGUCUUCGCCCGAGUGUCUCCCAAACAAAAGGAAUUUGUGAUCAUAACACUUAAGGACUUGGGUUUUACCACACUUAUGUGUGGGGAUGGAACCAAUGAUGUAGGAGCUCUCAAACAUGCUGAUGUCGGUGUAGCUUUGCUGGCAAAUGCCCCUGAAAGGCCAAUGGAGAGAAAGAAAAGGAAAGAAAAAUCUGAUGAGGGAACCUCAGUGGAUGGAGAAGCAAAUACCUCAAAUGACAGAGUUAUGCCCCCUGGAAUGAAAGGUAAAAUGGCUGGUCGUGCUGCCAAGGCCAGGGCUGUGGCAAGGGGAGACAACUUAGCUCCAGCACAGAAAAGGUUGGCCAAUAUGAUGAAGGAAAUAGAAGAAGAGGAGAAAGCUCAGAUUGUGAAGUUAGGGGAUGCCAGUAUUGCUUCACCAUUCACCUCCAAGCUUUCCACUACAGUGUGUGUAUGUCACAUCAUUAAGCAGGGUAGGUGUACCCUGGUGACUACCUUACAGAUGUUUAAAAUCCUGGCCCUGAAUGCCCUAAUCCUGGCUUACAGUCAGAGUGUGCUGUACUUAGAUGGAAUCAAAUUCAGUGACAGCCAGGCCACCAUGCAGGGCCUGCUACUAGCGGGCUGUUUCUUGUUUAUUUCUAGGUCAAAGCCUUUGAAGACUCUAUCAAAAGCUAGGCCUCUACCUAACAUUUUCAAUGUGUACACUCUACUGACAGUGGUGCUUCAGUUUGCUGUCCACUUCUGUUGUCUAGUCUAUUUAGUACAAGGUGCUAAAGCCUUAAUUCCUCCUAGGGAGGAAGAAUUUGUAGAUUUAGAAGCAAAAUUUUCUCCAAAUAUAUUAAAUACUACAGUUUAUAUUAUAUCAAUGGCUCUACAAGUCUCAACAUUUGCUGUAAAUUACAAGGGUGAGCCGUUUAUGGAGAGUUUGUUCAAUAACAAACCCCUGCUGUAUAGCCUUGCCUUCUCUGGGACGGCCAUUACAGCUCUAGCUAGUGGUGUAGUCCCUGAAAUGGCAGAACAGUUUGAAAUAGUUCCAUUACCACAAGAGUUCCGUAACACAGUACUUCAAAUUUUAGCCGCAGAUGUGUGUGGAUCUUUUAUCAUUGAUCGAAUCUGCUCCUUCCUGUUUGGACAAGGGCGUUUACGACGUGUAUAUUAAAGCUAUUUAUUGAGUGUAUGUGGCGUUAUGUGGUGAAUAAGGAUUAUUGACAUCAUGGAACAAAAUUCAUUUGAUCAUUUUCCAGGCACUCUAGGCAACAAAUCCAGUUUUCUGCCAUUUUUAUCAUGAUUAUUAAACAGACAUCUACACAUGGGGUUAUUGAUGUUCUGAAUGGAUGGAUGUUGGUGAUUGUUGUAAAAACUUAAUAAAUGGAGAAUAUCAAGA